CUUCACUGCUCUUUAUCUCCAGCCGCAUUAUUUCAUCGCCAAGCCACUCUCCUCUCGCCAUCUUUCUUUCACUGCCUCAAAUCUACUCUCCCUAUGUUAGUGAUAGAUCCCUGAACUCUCCCACCUUGAUCACUUGCAGUGCUACCAUCCGUUCCUCCAUCAACAGUAUCUCAUCAUCAUCUGUACCAUGGCAAGCAAGAGCUAGGUAUCUCCUGAAAUCUUGGUCGAGAAGGAGCGAUCUGUGCUGCUGUUGCUUCUGCGACCAUGGCCCCAGCAAGUGAGCAAAGUGCUCAGCGAUUCGUGUACCAACAUGCCUUCCUUCCAGCAGACCUUCCACAUUCCGAUCACGAUGAGUCCGGCGCCGAAUUUCUACUCAAAGAGAUGUCAAUCGCAGCUCAGCAGUUCUAUCGCAUGGGCGCUCGUGAGGCGGGCGACUUCUUACCAUCAAUUGCGAAAUGGCCUGAAAUCUAUGGCAACGGGACACCUUGCGCUGAGACCAUUGUUCGCGCUCUGAAAAACAUGGGAAGCAAAGAUGUUCUCCUCUUCUACAUACGACCGCAGAACGCCGCGCUGUUAGUACGAAACCAGUGGGAUGGCGCUAUCUUCGAGUGCUUCGAGGUCCUGCCAACUACAGGUGCCGUCAUGUCCGCCAAAGACGCCUUGAUACGGCAGUUCCCAGCAAGAGCCAUUUUCCUACCGAAAGAAGUGCUGAAUGAGGAGGAUUUCAUACUCGAGUUGGGAACAGCGAUCCACAAGCUAUCCAUAGAGCAACUGCGACUGGCUAUGGAGACAUCUACGAAGGGGCAGAACACUGUAGCUGAGGAACGCCAAUCGGUACACCCACGAGCGGUCACAGAAUGGCUCUUCGCAAUCCUCAGCUCACGGGGCGAGCUAGCAAACACUCUUACAGUCCACAAGCGUACUCAUGAUGAUGUAUGCUGGAAGGGCACCGACAAGCCGUGGCGCCGCUCUGGUGUUUACCUAUCGGCCCGUGUGGCAUUUCAAACUGUGUUUCACAACUCUGCAGCUGCAGACAUACGACAUUCGUUCUACAAAAACUACAUGCUGUUUCUCCUUUGCCGAUUGACGAACGCGAUAUUGGCUGUCAUGACUACGCCUGAUGUUCUGCAUGUCAUGCGGGUGAAACUUGCAAGACGCAAUGCAAAGCUUGGAUCUGCCACACUGCCUUUUGUACAACAAUCUGUACAUCAGACCUUGCGGCGACUGAAUGAGGCUAUGCAAAUUCAGUGGCAGCAGGUCAUUGCACAAGAAGAUUCUCCGAUGUUGCCAAUACCUGUGGCGGAUGUUUCACCUGAGUUGACCCUGAAGAACAGUCGCAGCACGCUGCAAGACAUCUGGCAACGUUCCAAGACAAGCUGCUCUUACAGUGUCAAAUCGUUCAGUCCCAAAGCUUGCACCUCAGUACAACUGGACCGACGCAAUUUGCCAAGUCCCGGGGUGUUUGGUGAAUCUGGCGACCUACUAUCGUGUCUAGUCGGUGUUGAGAAAUGGGUCGCUGACAACUUGACACCAUGGUCCGUUGUGAAUAAGACCAGAGACUCUUGCACCACACUGGCGGCCUUUCUCAAAGCCUAUCAUACAUCUGCCCAUUCAAAAUACAAGGAUCAUCCAGAGCGCACGUCCGUCAUGUUACUUACAAUGUUUGAACUGUGGGUCGCUCUGGACACCAUCGUGACACAUCUGCAACCGUUGUUGCUUCAAUAUCCGCCAGAGAUGGACACCAAUGUUUUCUGGCCUUUGUUGCUCCACAGCAAGUCUGAGUUGGAGCGACUGGCCCGCGUCGAGAGCCACAUCUCUCGGCGCCGGGACAGAUGUGAGACGGUCUGUCCUUCAAUGUUCAGCGAUCCCUCACCGAUCUGCUUUGCCGUCAGAUUCUAUGAUCAGUCAGAAGGUCACGUCAAGCUAUGCACGCAGAUCGAGACUGAGGCUCAGUCAGCCAGGGAGGCUAAAGAGGCUGAGUGGAACUCGAGCAAGGCUCGAUUUGAAGAGCUCUUGCGUGACGUGGCUGGUAGAGAGCAUGGCGUUUACAUCAUACCGCAUGGAAGGAGAGCAGGUACUUCCACACACUGCCGAUACUGUACUAGGUGCAGACUAGAGAAAGAGGCACAUAGCAUCAAGAUCGCGAAGCACGAAUGGCCACUUCCCGAGGACGAGACGAUCAAAAAGGCCGUCAUAUUUGAGCUGACACCUCCUGAAGAGAUCAUACGUUGGCGCGACAUCACCUGGUAUCUGGUUCAUGACAUAGCCAGAAGCGACGUGCGAGGGUGUAGGCUAUUGCAACAGCUCCUCUCAUAUCCACCGCUUCAUCGACAUGCUCAACACCAAGCGAGACGAGUGACGCUUGCGUCAGCCGUCAAACCAAUGCACAGAGCACAUUUUUUCAAGGCUGGACUUCACAUUGACGAAAUCUUUGUAAAGAAUGGUAUGCACAUGCAGAUGAACGACUCAGCCAAGGGCUUUGUAUGGACUGCGGAGCAAACCCAGACACCACAGUUGCACAAGCACUGCACCUCAAAGCUUCCAGCAGCUAAGGGCUCGCAUCUGGCUGAGUACGUCAAUGGUACGAGCCAUACUCAGAACAUGGUCAUUGCGAGUCAGUCAAGCUGUUCACCUGAUAUGAGUCAGCACGAACAUCUCUUGUUUGGUUCACUACGCUCUGGUGAGAGAUUGCAAUUCAUCAAUAUCUUGGGAGCCAUCAAGUCAUGCGAAAUCGACCUAAACUCAUCGGACGUUUCCCUGCUUUUCCUCCACGCGACCUCCCAGGUUGGCAACCCAGCUGAUACCAGGUCACGCUUUCUGCGCGAAAGUCAACUCGACCUUGCAAAUUCAUCCUUCUGCCACUCACUGCUUGAAGCAAUCAGCUCUCGUUUCGCGACUAUAGAGGCCAACUGGAAGGAAGCGACGGCCGCAAUGGUGUUUUUGAGAUUGAUCUCCAAGAUGCUAUCAAUGAAGCCCGAUAUGGCUGAAGAGUGUAUGGAUUUGCUCCUCCGGAUUCGCCAGGCCAGUCUAGACUGGGUUCGUCAACUCGCUGACCUUCACACGGAGAAGAGAGGCACGGCCGAUGCUGGAGCUUCUCUCACUGAUAUCUCGCGGCAGAUCGUGAAGUGUUGUAUCCUGAUGCGUCGGACAUACGCCGUGUAUGAAGAUCUCCUGACGCCUAGGUGGACCGAAUCUAUUUGUGUUGAGGAUUAUGUGGAAGUGUCCAUCCAUCUUCAUAAUCACCUGAAUCGACGAUCCAUCGACAACGCCGAGGUAACACUGCGAUACGACAUUCUGAAUGAUGAGUACGUAGCUCGGUCCCUUCAGGCACAAUUGCUUGAGCUACUGCAAGUGGACGACGGAAGGUUUUCGCGAGGCAUUCAACGCUUCUGGCCAUCUGCGACGUUCGAAGGUGACUGGAGGAUUGUCAUCGAGCGUGAUGCCAGCUGGAUCGAGAACAGAUGCCGCUCAAGGUCUGUACACUUCAAUCUUAUUACUGGCAGUCUGCUUGUCAGUGGCCAGCCACUAUCACAGCUCCCCACACAGUAUAGAGACAACCCACUGUAUCGCAGCAUCUUUGGCGGACUGGAUCUCGACGUUUUCACCGCGGACGUGAACGACAUGGAGUACAUGUCCAGGACUUUAUUCGAAGGCCAUCGCGUCUAUUUACGACUUCACAACGGAAAUAUGCUCAUUCGUUCUCAACAUGGCGACGACAAGUAUGAAGCCGUUCCGAAGGAUAUCUUCCUCGGGGACCUGCCAAAGAGCACUCUCAAAGACAGUAUUCCUUGGAUGUGUCUAGGUGAUGGCACAAUUGCCUUCCGAAGCACGUCGCAUCCGUGGAAAUCUCUCCCGGCCGACUGGGUGCUACAUUUAAAUGUGGGAACGAGAAGCACAACAACCAUGCGGACCGAUCAGGCCUUCUUGAUUGAUCACGCGAGCGCCCUUGGAAGUGCCAUUUGCUCUAUCUUUCAAGCUUUGGAAGAAAAGGAUCAUAUUCUCAUCUCCAAAUGUCAAGGUACUACCAUCGAGAUCUGGCUCCCGCGAUUCAGACUGCAUUUCUAUGUGAACUAUGCAGGUGAGCUUCAAUGCAGAGAGCUUUCUGCUGUUGUCGACCGCAAUCAAGCAAUUGGUACUUUGCACGGUUUACGAUCCCGAUUGGUAUUGCGCGCUGUUGGAAAGAGAGAAUCCAACCUUCGAACAGUGUUGAUUCCCGAUGGCGACGUGGUUAUCUCCCGAGACUCACCCCAUGUCAGAAUCGAUAUCCGCCUAAGUGACGCCGAUUCUCUAUCCUUCUCACAACUCCAGAUCGACGAGCGGCUUGGCCAGCUCAUCAGUCCAGAUCUGGAGUCGCAUAUCUACAAGACCUAUCUCCACGCGAUCACAAGUUUUCCAGAGCGCGAUACUCUCACUGGUCGUACUGGUACAGAGGAGAGCCUGUUUGGCCUAUCGGAUCCUAUCAAUUUGAUUUCCGUCCCACUCUCAGAACGUGCACAGAAAUGGUUGAAACUAAUAGCUGGGCUUUCACCACGGCGAACAUGGUAUCCCGCUCAUCUGCGGCUAAUGCGAACAGACUCAUUCCAUCCAACACUCUCUCGCUACGCACAGAGAGAUACUUUCUUCGGAAUGGUGGACGAGAUCUUUCAGCACAACCUCAAAUCCACCUUUCUGUACGAGAAUGCACCUCGGCCUCCUUCGUACUCCACACAGCCUGCCGACCUACUGCUAUUGGAGAGGUCUCAUCAUCGCAAUCGCAGACAAUAUCCUGCUGGUUCUGUGGGAUCUAGAUCAUUUGUCGUGGAGGAUCAGCCAUACUAUUCGCGGGAUCAAGACCUCAGUCAGGAACAGACGACCGCUGCUGCUAUGGCUGCACUUGUGCAAGCUUGGCCCUCUACAUUCGAUGUUCAAUCCCUCAAACCAUUGUUGCAGCAAUGGGAGCAGAUAUCGGGCUUCAAAGAAGAUUUUGAGGACAUGUCACUCUCUAAGAUGUUGUCCGAAGGGUUGAAGCAACAAUUCGCUCCCCUGUUUAAUCUCUGCAGAUCACCCUUGGUUUCGAAGCAGCGACUUGUCUUCGUCUUAUCACUUCUUACAUUUGGACAACCACACAACGCUUCCAGACUGAAUAUUCUCCUGGCCCUUGCCAUCUCACCAGCAUUAAAGGAUUUGGCUGAAUUGGAGCACAAUUCGUACGACCUGAACGAGGGGCAUGCAAUCGACCACCAUGACAUUUCGCUAAUUGUUGAGUGGUGUAAGAAGGAAUUCACACCAAUCCUCGGUCGGUACAAAUCCUAUUCCGACCAGCUCACGGCCGAGAAAUCCCAAAGAGAACAGUUCGAGCGACAUCUGGUUGAGCAACGCCAGAAGAUUUCUACCGCAGCUAGGUCUUCCUGGCCAAAUGACUCUUUCGUGCUUCCGCCUCACGACGAACUGGAUUGCUUUGAUUGUGUUACGUUGCAACAGCUCUUGGACGCCCAGUUCGCAAAAUGGCAUAAGAACCAUGUCUUUAUGUUUCAGCUGACAGCCUUUGAUCGAGGGAUCGCGACAGUCAAUCGUCCAUGGUCUGGCCCUUCUAUAGGGAACAAUGUCCUCCACUUUUAUCAAAUCGACCAUACGCGAAAACAGCAUACCCAUUUCUCACUGUUGGAAACCAUGCUUUUUGUGGAUGUCAGCGAUUCAGACUUUUCAGACUAUGAGCCUAGUCUUCUGGACGGAGACCUCACUCAGACGAUCUCCUCCAGAGAGCAUCAACAGGUACGAAGUGUUACAGACGCAUCGCGUGACUCGCGAGAACUGGAAGGGAUCAUUGACGAUCUAAACCGUGGCUUCGGCGCUGUGGAGAAACGCCAUACUCAACUUUUACGCGAAAGCAUCGCAGCCCUGGACACCAAGACUGCUGAGGUGAAAACCAGAUUCCGGAUCCCAAGAUCUCAGAUUUUGAGCAACAAGGCGGCUGAGGUAAAGAAUCGCAUUUCCCAGCUCAUAGCCCGCUGCCGCGAAUUACUUCAGCCUCGCUCAGAUGCUGAACUCGGCCUUAACAUGGCGGGUCUCUGGCCCCAGGUCAAUGAGAUGAAUCUGCUUCAACUGCUUACAGCACAACACAGAGACCGUGUUCCAUACCCUUGGAGACACGUUCUGAUAUCUUUCGCGCGGGAGGUGACCGCUAUCCAGCGUGUAGAGCGUAUUCAGCGACACCUUGCUGUGGAGGAUGACUUUGCUCUUCAGCGGGAGCUAGCCAACCGCGCCCAUGCAGCAUGGUCCAUCGAAGGCCAUCCAGAUUGGCUCCUGCUCGAAGUGCAGAACAACCUGUUGAUUCGCCCUGUGCAGAUAUCUGUUGCAUACGAAAUCAUGAAACCAGACAACGGCCUUGUCUUGUUGGGAAUGGGAGAGGGGAAGACCUCAGUCAUCUUGCCGAUGGUGGUCACUGCCCUCGCAAAAGGCUCGCAUCUCGUUCGAGUGGUUGUUCUCAAACCUCUGGCCAAUGAGAUGCUGCGGCAACUCUCCAGAAGCCUUUCUGGUCUCUGUGGGCGGACUGUUUAUUAUCUCCCCUUCUCCAGAUCUACAUCAAUGAAGGCGCAGACCCCUGACCAGUUGUUGAACCUCUACCAGGAGUGCUGUCAAAAACAAGGUGUCCUUCUGAGCCUUCCGGAACAUCAGAAUUCUUUCCGACUGGUCGGAGCUGACCGCCUGAGCAGUGGUAACACGGGUCUUGCCAACAAUCUCAUCCGAGUUCAGAAGUGGCUGGAUUGUAACGCACGAGACAUUCUGGACGAGAGCGACGAGCUUCUCAAGCCGGGCUACGAACUUGUCUACACCGAUGGCGAGGCGAACCUCCUUUCAGGCGCUCCCGAUCGCUGGACUAUAGCCUUGGAAGUGCUGACUUUGAUCGCAGAGGUCGCCGUCAGACUACACGAAGAGCAUCCAACAGGUAUCGAAUAUGAGAGGAGAACUGAAGGCUCCUUCCCACAUGUCCGUGUCACCAGCGAUGCAGGCGCCCGUGCACUGACAGAAUGCCUGACUCAGAAAGUCGUUGAGGGAAGAUUGUCCAGCUUGCCUCUUGGCCACUGUGAUGACGGCAUCUUGAAGUCCCUCCACUCGUUCCUGCACGAUAUAGAUGUGGACGGCGAAACAUGUCAGAAGAUCACUAAGCAUUUCCAGGCCUCAGCGCAACUGGAUGUUCUUUACGUCGUGCGUGGACUGAUCUCGCACCACAUUCUGACACAUGCCUUCCGCAAGCGAUGGCUCGUGAACUAUGGGCUAGAUCGCUCGCGCUGCUUGUCCGCGGUGCCGUAUCGUGCCAAAUCCAUACCAUCACCGAGCGCUGAGUUUGCACAACCAGAGAUGAUGGUGACUUUGACAGCUUUGUCGUGGCUCUACACCGGGCUUCAGCGUUCAGACCUGCGAAAAUGCCUUCUGAUUCUGCUGAAAUCCCCAGAUCCUUCCGAUGAAUACAGCACUUGGGUGCGACAGAGCACACUUCCCGACAAAUAUCGGAACUCAAGCUCUAUCAAUCUCGAUGAUGCUUCCUUCCUUGAUGAUUUGUACGAACAGCUCAAAGACAAUCAAGCCGUAAUUGGUUUCUUUCUCAAGUACGUCGUCUAUCCGCGUGAGGCCAAGGAAUUUCAACACAAGCUGUCUAGCAGUGCUUGGGAUUUAUGCGCAGACGAUGGCGGGAAGGUGACCUCCGGAUUCAGCGGAACGUGUGACAGCAGAGUACCCUCAACCUGUUUUCAGAAGGAUCUAGAAGAUCUACGACACUCUACAGCGAUGACCCUGACUACCCUUCUUCGCAAAGACAAUCGUCGAUAUGUCUACGCCGCAUCCGCCUCCGGCCAGCGGCUGUGUACGGAAGAACUUCUUAGCCUCAUUGUCGAGCAGAAUCCAAGUCCGUCGGUCAUAAUUGACGUUGGUGCGCAGAUCUUGGAAAGUAACCAGGAUGUUGCAGCAAAGUGGUUGGCAAUGUGCACAGAAAAGAUGGCUGCAGUGUUUUUCAGCGCCAAUGACGAGAAGAUGGUCCUCAACCGGGACGGAACUGUUGAACGAUUUGUGUCGUCCAUAUUCAAAGACGAGAUCAAGUCUUGCCUUGUUUAUCUUGACGAGUUUCAUACUCGAGGGACGGACUUCCAGUUUCCUGACCGCUUUCAGGCUGGUGUGCUCCUUGGGCCAGGCCUCCUGAAAGACAGCCUGGCACAAGCGUGCAUGCGCAUGAGAAAGCUGGCAGUCUCACAGUCAGUGACAUUCUUUGCCCCACCGGAAGUCGACAACAGCAUACGUGCUCUCUUGAAGGAUCCUCCAGUUAGCCUUGAUAGCUCACACGUCCUACGCUGGGCCAUCAACCAGUCGUGCCAAGCGCUAAAGGGUCAGACAAUGAUUUGGACCCUGAGAGGACUUUUGCAUAGUCGACGUCGCGUCGCGGCUGCCAGACAUCUAACAGAAGAUGGAAGGGUCAGAAACUCUGAUAAGUAUCUCGCCACAAUCCGAGAACGUGAGAGCCGACCUGUCUCUGAAAUGUAUCGGGCAGGAGACGUACUAGAGAGAAAGCUUCCCUUCGAGCUCUCCGCACAUGAGAAGGACGAUAAGAUCAUGAAAGAACUCCUGUUGGAGUGGGAGAGUACAGAAGCGACGAAUCUCAAGGUCUGCGGGAUUGAGGAAGAACAGGAGCGGGAGGUCUUGCACGAGAUCGAACAGGAGCGCGAAGUGCAGAGACCUAGGAAAGUCUAUCCGGCAACUCCACAAGUCUGUGAGGAGCUAGAACAUCUCAUACGAGAAGGGACGGUGCCACAGAACUCGGCAGGCCUCUGUCCGGCAUUCGAGGUCCUCACGAAGACAAAACUUGCUUCGCAAUAUGUUCGCGUCGACUGGCCCUUCCACAUCCUUGUGACACCGGACUAUAUGGAGACAGUUCGAAUUUCAACACAGGAUGACUUCCUACGGCCAGUGCAGUGGGUCUUGCGAGCGAAGAGGAUCAAGCAACCAAUCAUAAUCAGUGCCCAUGAGGCAAACGUCUUCCUUCCGAUCAUCAGAAAGAGUAACCACGCUACUCUGGUCCUUUAUCAACCACGAACUGGAAAGUCUAUGGCGCCGUUUGAUUGUCUAGCGGUGUACAGAGUCCCCAAGACCCAGGGCGAUCUCGGCAUAUCGCCUCAGACGGUUGCUGUGCUGAACCUGUUUGCUGGCCAACUGUACUUCACUACUUUCGAGCACUAUCAACACCUGUGUGAAGUGAUUGGUCUUUGGGACGGUGUACGCCCUCUACCAAAUUCGCGAGAAGUUGCUAACGACAAUUACGUGUCUCCUUCUUGUCGAGAGGUGAAUGGCUGGACGGGGUGUACGUUUAAGGGCAGCCCUGUGAAGAUGUUGAAGGAGUUUAUCGGCAUGCGCAGAUUGGGGAUCGAAUGGAGCCACACUCAGAUGGGUAGAGUGCUUUCGGGACGAUUCUUGCGCAAAGAGGAAUUCGAGGAUGGUUUGGUUGGUGGCAUGACAAGACUGGAUAUGCAGGGCGCUGGGAAUGGAGAGGUGAAAAGUGAAAAUUGGUGCGAAGUCGCUUGAGGGCUUGCUUGGGCUUGGGUGGGCCUGAGCAAGCAUGGUAUCUUGGUGAAAAGUGUUUCUUGCAUUUCAUGUUGGAGUACAAUUGGGUUUCUAUGCGAACAGAUGGGCUAUCGAUGCCAGGUCCGGUCUUGGAUUGAGAAUAUCUUGGAGCUGGGAGGAGAUUCUCGGCCCUUCAGAAAUUGGUCCGGCUUGGAAACGAGAAGAUAGGUAGCGCAUCGAGAAAAGUCAAGAGAACA